UCUAUCAUUUUUAGAAAGAAACGUCAAAUAUCGCAACCAUCCUAUCAAGCAUAUCUCGAUAGCCUUGGUCGAGCAGACUAUGACGUGCGAAUAGAGGAAGGUUGGCAGAAUAUUCUGUACCCAUUUGGUACAUGGGCGAUGGACGAACAAUUAAUGGGCCAAGCUGGUCGUGAAACUCAGGCAAACCUUGGCUUCGACUGUCCAUUCUUCGGGUUUAGAUUCAACUAUACUUUCGUAUAUCCUAUGGGUAUGGUUUCAUUCGCUCUACCGUCGUUUGCCACACCACCUUGGACAUUUCCAAAUCCGUCAUGGCCAAAACAAAGGGAUCACUCAUUCAUCGCUCCCUUCUACGCAGACUCAAUGUAUCAGUGGAUAGGGAACACGAAAAUCAGCAACACAUUUUAUCGAAGUGUUCAUCGUCCAAGGGUAUGA